UUUAAUUAGGACCGGAAGGUGUUACCUGUUUCAGUGGAUUAACAGAUUGACGUGGAAAAAAGUGUUUUUUUCCCAAAACCCUAUGUGCUGGGAGAGUCGUCCAGUCAGACUUCUACCGGAUCUGAGAUGUGUGUCUUUGGAUUUACUUUGGAUGAGUCUAUUGUUUUUAAGGUGUUAAUGCUUACAACUGAGUGACGUCGCAUUCGAAAUUCAGUUCCAGCUGUUUCCUUUUAAUCAUCUCCAUUACACACCAAUGAAAAGAAACAGUGGAAGUCCAGUGAAGACUAAUAAUACGUUUCAUCAGCUACAGCCACCGCAGCCGAAGAGGACUUACAGUGCUGAUGAUCUCCAUCACAUCAACACCGGCGACCUCCAAGAUCUCCGAAACAACAUGUUCUUCAAAGACAAGUUUGAUGAAGAGGAGGAAGACUCGGGGAUUAAAUCAGAGGCUGACGAAAGCAAUGGAACCAUCUCCUCUGAAGAUGACUUAGACCACCUUGAAUAUUCGAAGAAUUUCUCUCUGAAGCAAACGGUGACAAAGAAGAGCAUCAGUGAAAUCAUCAAGGACAAGAAGAAACAAACUCAGUUAACACUUCAAUGGCUUGAGGAAAAUUAUAUAGUUUGUGAAGGAGUCUGCUUGCCUCGGUGCAUCCUCUAUGCACAUUACCUAGACUUCUGUCGCAAGGAGAAAUUAGAUCCUGCUUGCGCUGCCACUUUCGGCAAGACUAUACGGCAAAAAUUCCCUCUCCUGACGACUCGAAGACUCGGCACCAGAGGCCACUCAAAGUAUCAUUACUAUGGAAUCGGGAUUAAGGAGAGCAGUGCUUAUUAUCAUUCAGUGUACUCAGGAAAAGGUCUGACCAGAUUCUCUGGGAGCAAGCUCAAAAAUGAGGGAGGUUUCACACGCAAAUAUUCUCUCAGUUCUAAAACAGGAACAUUGCUACCCGAAUUCCCAAGUGCACAGCAUUUAUUGCUUCACGACUCCAUUUCGAAAGAAAAGGUUGACACACUGAUCAUGAUGUACAAAACUCACUGCCAGUGUAUUCUCGACAACGCCAUCAGUGUCAACUUUGAAGAGAUCCAGAACUUCUUGCUGCAUUUCUGGCAAGGCAUGCCGGACCAUCUCUUACCUCUGCUGGAGAAUCCAGUAAUCGUGGAUAUUUUUUGUGUGUGUGACUCCAUACUAUACAAGGUCCUGACUGAUGUUCUCAUUCCUGCUACAAUGCAGGAUAUGCCGGAAAGUCUUUUGGCAGAUAUCCGAAAUUUUGCAAAACUCUGGGAGCCCUGGAUGGUUUCAUCUUUGGAAAAUCUGCCAAAAAUCCUGUCAGAAAAGAAGCUGCCAAUAGCUCGGCGCUUUGUCUCCUCCUUAAAGCGCCAGACCUCUUUCUUACACCUUGCUCAGAUCGCAAGACCGGCUCUUUUUGACCAAAACAUCGUGACGGCCAUGGUGAACGACAUUGACAAAGUAGAUCUAAACAGCAUCGGCUCCCAGGCGCUCCUCUCAAACACUAGCGACCAGGACCUGGAUUUCUACUCCGAAUACGAUUCUGUCACAGUGUUCCAAGAGUUAAAGGAGCUCCUAAGAAAAAACGCCACAGUCGAGUCUUUUAUUGAUUGGCUGGACUCUGUGGUGGAACAGAAAGUCAUUAAGCCCAGUAAACAGAACGGCCGCUCGGUGAAAAAACGAGCCCAGGACUUUUUACUGAAAUGGAGUUUUUUUGGAGCUCGUGUGAUGCACAGCCUCACCUUAAACAACGCCACCAGUUUUGGCUCCUUCCACCUCAUUCGCAUGCUGUUGGAUGAAUAUAUCCUGCUGGCAAUAGAAACACAGUUCAAUAACGAUAAAGAGCAAGAUCUACAGAAUCUCCUGGAUAAAUAUAUGAGAAAUGCAGAUGCCAGUAAGGCGACGUUCACGGCUUCACCGAGUUCAUGCUUCCUGGCAAAUCGUAAUAAAGCAGGGCUUGUGAACAACGAUUCAUCUGUAAAGAACGAGACCCAGCCGGAGUAUGCACACCUGUCUGUCCCAGGAGCUCAGCACGGACUUGGGGCCACCAUGGUGGUGUACCAGGGGCCAGACACAGACAGCUUUACACUAUCUGGCCAGUUGGACUACUCCCAGAGCAGUGGUCCGUUGAUCACCCCUCCCAUCUCUCCGGCCAUGGCGAACCGAGGCAGUGUGAUCAACCAGGGCCCGAUGGCAGUGAGAUCACCGAGCAGCUGCCCUGUCCAGCCUCAUGCACCCUGCCAGGCUUUCCCUGAUGCCAUGUACCAAAGCCUGCCUUCCUCCACCUACUACACCAGCUCCUCCACCUACCAGCCUACAAGCCUGACACAGACCCACACGCCCCCCUCGGCUUACCAGGCUCGCAGCGAGUGUUCACGCUAUUCCUCCUUCAGUGGUCAGCAGCUGGUUAAGGACUGCUUUAAUAGCAGCUGCAGUGGUGUAGCGUACAGCUCCAGAGCCUCGUCAGUAAGCUACCCGUCCACCUCUGAGCCCACCAUCGAGGUUCAGGGAGUACAGCUAAUGGACUACGGAUUUGCAGGGAGUGGAGGAGGAUGUUCAGGUCCAGCGUACACCAGCGCUGCACACAGUGGCUACUAUGGGAACAGUGGCUACGUGGACACGCAGAGGAUGGGCUCUCUAAUCGAUCAGCAUGUAUCAGUGAUCAGCAGUGUGACCUCCACUCGCUCUGUCCCUGCAUACGCUGAGGUCCAUGACCCUCUCAACAUCCUGAACGACACGAGCAGAAAGCCAACAACACCUUACUACCCUGCACAACCUCCUCUAAUUACACGCUCCGCAGGUUCUUCAAUAGCCCCUCCGAUCCCUUGCUCUGUUUCUCCGUGCAUGUAUGGCGCUGCUGCUCAGUAUCACCAUUCCCAAGAUGGCUUGCUACCUCACCAUAGUGGCGCUGAGAUGAGGGACAUGGUCUCCUCCCUGCCUCCUAUCAACACCGUGUUCAUGGGGUCAACCGGAGGACCACCGUGACUGUUAAUAAACCUUAUUAACUGACUUUUCUAAGGAAAUAGUACUGAAAUAAACUCCCCAUGUCACAGACUCUUCUGUGAUACUAGAUGGACUAGAGGACAGUCAGCAGGUCUGUAUUUAAAAAAUUGGUAUUUUAGAGAAAAAAUAUUGUAUAUAUAAAAUUAUUUAAAUGUAAAUGUAACACAAAUGUAAAUGUAAUGCAACGAUGCUAUGUGUGUCUGCUAUCUGUAUCCAUUUAGUGUUACAAACAUCAGUAUCUGCCCCUGUAUCUGUAUGCUGUCUUUGGAUUUAAAUCUGAAGUGGGCGUGGCCUAAACCAGUAGGGUGUAUGUUUAUAGCCACUGGAAAACUGGAAAAAAAAAGACCUCAAAGGUAGAAACGGCAGCAUUGCCAGCAUAGUGUGUGAUGUUUGCGUAGAUAAUGGAGAAUAAAACUGUGUGACAAAUGCAAGCGAGCAUUCUAGCAGUUGAUUAGCCGACCAGCUAUUAGCAAGCACUGGAAAACUGGAGAGAAAAAAAACCUCAACACUGUCAGCAUGUUUGUAACAAUUUUAGUUGGUUCUAUUUUCCAAAAUAUAAACAAAACAGUAGCCUAAUUUAAACCACCAUGACCCUGACCAGGCAGUUACUAAGGAUGAAUGAAUAAACACUGUAAAUGGAUCAGGCAGCACUGCAGACUUUCAUUUUAAUGAAUGUGGUCUUUUUUGUCCUGAGCUUCGUAUCUGACAGCAUGAAAUCAAAAACCUCCUGCUCGCUCAACUUUUUUGUUGUGUCCGGUGGGAUUCCAGGCCAGAAACACACCUCAAGUCUAAAUCAGAUUCCUUAUGAACU